CACUGUUAGAGGAGGAGGACCAAACCCAAACCUGGGGAGCCAUUGGGGCCCCAGGGUGCUGGAAUGGAGCAACUGAUAGAGUCGCUGGAAAGGAAACUGCAGAGACCCCUACUGGCGAAGUCCCGCACCCUUCCCAGCAUUCCCCAGUCACCAACGGUCUCCAGGGUCCACCACUCCGAUCUCAUUGGUGGGAGUCCCCCCCGCAGGAAGCACCUGUCGACUGCGACCAGCCACCCAAAGGCCUGCACUCUGCCUCCUGCAGGGGAACUCUGGCGUUUGGAGGAUGAUAUGGACUGCGAAGAUGGGCCCGAGCAUGGCGGGUGCACAGAGGCGCGCCCUCGCUCCCAGUCACCCUUUUCCCAUUUCCGGGCGCGAUCUGCCUACCUCCGCAAGAGCGUCUCAGCAGACGACCACCUGGACAUGGGCGUGGACCACUGCUCGGGGACGGUGGUCGAGGACAAACCAAGCCAUGGCAGUAAGGGCAAGCUGAAGAGGAAGUUUAGUCUGGGUUCUGCUGACAGGAAGGAGAAUCAGCAGAAGAAAUUAGAGUCGGGGAUCACCAAAUUUACCCAUCGUCUAUCCCUCAAAGAACGUCCGGCCAAGACAGAGAAGACCUCAUCGGACAGACCACCGUCCUACAGGCGACGAUCUCUCAGUGUGGACUGGGCUGACUCUGCCAAGAUGACGCAGCCCAUGAGGGGCGACCAGGCCCUCCAGCCAGCCCCAGCCCGCAAGGCAGCCAGCCUGUCCUCGCCAAGCGCGGCUCGCCGCCUAUACCGCAACUUGUCUGGAAAGUUCCGUGUGGGCACAAACCCCCCUGCCCUGGAGGACAGCGUGGUGUCAGGACGGGGAGGAGACAAGGAGAGGCUGCGCAAAACCACCAUAUUCCAGAGUAGUGAAGCUCUGUUUGAAGCAGUGGAGCACCAGGAGCUGGACUUGGUGCAGCUGCUUCUCUCCCAGUACAGUCUGGAGGAGCUGGACCUCAACACGCCGAACAGCGAGGGCCUCCUGCCCCUCGAUAUCGCCAUCAUGACCAACAACGUGCCCAUGGCCAAGCUGCUCCUGCGAGCCGGUGCCAAGGAGAGUCCCCACUCCUGUGACUGCCACCCUGUGGGCGCAGCAGGCAAGACGUGCAACCAGACCACUGGACAGUGCCCUUGCAAGGACGGUGUCACCGGCAUCACCUGCAACCGCUGUGCCAAGGGCUACCAGCAGAGUCGCUCACCUGUGGCCCCCUGCAUCAAAAUCCCAGUGGUCAACCCCACAGCUGUGGUGAGCAGCACAGAGGAACCAGCAGAUUGUGAGUCCUAUUGUAAACCAGUAAAGGGCAACCUGAAGAUCAAUAUGAAGAAAUAUUGCAAGAAAGAUUAUGCGGUCCAAGUGAACGUACUGGACAUGGAGACCAUUGGGGACUGGGCCAAGUUCUCUGUUAACUUGGUGUCUGUGUACAAGAGCCGUGGCGAGCCUCUGAAGCGAGGUGACAACAUCCUGUGGGUACACAUGAAGGACCUGGCCUGCAAAUGCCCCAAGAUUCAGAUGAGCAAGAGGUUUUUGGUGAUGGGAGGCGCUGACGGCGGAACGGGCCCAGGGGCGGGUCCAGCGGUUGGCGCAGGGGCUGGUGCCACCAGCACGGGGGCAGAGCGAGUGGGCCUGGUGGCCGAUAAGAACAGCCUGGUGAUCCAGUGGAGGGACGUUUGGACGAGACGUCUGAGGAAGUUCCAGCGCAAAGAGAAGAAGGGGAAGUGCAGCAAAGCGUGAUGGGGAAGCAGCGUCCAUCCCUACCUCUUCCCCUCCCAUUGACCACCUUCAUGAACCCUGACCACCCCCCCCACCCCCCCAUCACAGGAACACUGCGCAUUACAAAGACUGCAUGUACCCUCCCUGUUUUAAGGACUACAUUUUGUGUAUAUUGUAUAAUUAUUUUCCUUUUUAUUUUUCAAGGUUUGUCUUUGUUAUGUCACUCGUCUUUUCGUCCAUUGGUUUGCCUUAAAAAGGGACCAUUAAAAAGGGUAUGAAGUGUAGACAAAAGCAGACGCCAUUCUCUCCUUCAGCGACGACAGCGGUAAAGUCCACUCGUCCUCCAUCAGCGAUCUCUCAACACAGAUCUCUAAGAACUCUGUCAUCUUGUUUCAGUUCUCACACAUAAGACUACCAGUGAUCACAUUUACAUACUCCUGAGGAUUUUAUUCAACAGUGUUUGUCACUUCAGAGACGGACUAAAAUCAGCGACAAGAUCAGCUGCACACUCUCAGUUGGGCGGCCUCACGUUUCGCUGUUGAAACAAACUCGACUCGGAUCAGUGCAAGCUGGUGCACCUGACAAUUUUUCAACAUUUGCUGUUAGAAUGUUCAUAAAGUGGCUCCAGGUCUCUGAUGUAACUUGUAUGGACUGUUACUAAAUGAAAAAAACACUCUUGUCCCGUGAGGAACCAAGGGCUCCCUUUGUAGGGACAUUUUCCACAGCAAACCUCAGUCACACCACCACUGCUGCUGCCACCAGACAGUCCUCACAGAAUAAACAUCAUGUAUUUGAUGCAACUGCUCAUAAAAGAGUUUAUAUUCUUUGUGUGGCUAUUUGUUAUCACAUCCAUACCCCAGCCAUAUUUUUAUUUGAAAAUUUAGCUUGUUUCAUUUUAAGCACAACAAAACUUGUUGGCAUGUGUGAGUCAUAUUCCAGGCCUCUGGAGCUGAGCAUCUAGUCCCUCUCAUGAGUGCUUUAUAAACUAAUGUAUCACCGACAUGAUUCAUUGCUUGUCACUUUUUUUCUGGAAGAAAGAUUAAGCGGUGUGGACAAAUGGCUGGAAUUUCAGAACAAUACCAAUAUUUCAUUUCCGAGGAGACUUUUCGCUUUAUGGGUUAUGUCUUCCGCUGGGUAGUGGCCUCCCAGAUGUUGCUGUGUGGCCACUGUCAUUACUUUUGUCUUUACAUGUCUGAACAUUGUUUUUUUUCCCAUGUGUCUAGAGACUGGCAGGCUUUUGUUUGCCAAAAUAAGAGAUUGAAACGAGAGUUCCUUUUCAUGCAGUAAAAUGAAAACAAAGUCACAUAAACAACACAGUCGUGUUUUCCUCAAGCAUAUUUUAACAAAAUGAAUGAGGCUGGAAACAUUUUAGUGCUCGCUGAUUGUAUUAUGACAUGAGAGGGUCAUAUUUCAUUCCUCAUGUGCUUUGUUAUGUUUGCAUGUUUGCGGUUUUUGCUGGUCCAUCAAAAACUUACAGUUAGCAGAGCAAGAACCAAACUGACAUGAGCAUCAAGAUCCAAAGGAAAACUUCCCAGGUCAUCUUCCCCCCCGACUUGCUUACCCAAACGAAGUCCCAGUCAUCCUUUACCAAAUAAGCAUAGUCCAUUUUUAAAUCCAAUUAGGAGACUAUGAAAGUCGGGACUAACAAAAACCACAGAGACCCGUGUGGUGGCUCUUAAGCUUUUUAUCUGCCUGUAAAGCACAUUUCAAUUUAUUUAAAUAGAGAACAAGAUAAACAUGCAGUUCUGAGGGGCACAUCAAACUAGCAUGGCAGUGAGUGUGCCGACAGGCAUGUCAUGCUAGCUAGUGGUUACGCUCCUUUGGUUGUGGCGGUCUGUUUGGUUUGUCACUCGUCCAGAAGUGUCUCUCCUCUGUGUCAGCCACCAUCCUCCCCAAACUCCCCGUUUAACCCAUUGUGCAUGUUUUGUAUUCAGCGUCUUAGAGAAAUGACAGCUCAGAAUGAGGCUGCCAGAUCUCCUCAGUGGUUAACUGUACUGCACUGUAGUUCAUGUUUUCACGUCUCAUAUGAAUGUACGUCAAACUGUGAAGAACACACUCACACACAAAAUGGUCUGAUUGUAAAUGUAUGAAAUAAUGUCGCCAAGCCUAAGAAUGUGGACACCAUGACAGUUGAUGAUGUUAUAAACUAUGAACAGCAUUUGAUUUUGCUCAAAUGACUAUCUGUCUGACUUAUGAUGACAUUUUAAAGAAGACAUAUUCUGCUCAUAUUCAGAUUUAUAAUCUGAAUUUGGGUUCUUACUUGAAAUGUUCAGAAAAAACAUCACUUUCCUCACCUUCCUUGUCUUUACAGCCUCUGUCUGAAACGCUUGGUUUUAACUCCUAUCUCUCUAAGGCGGCUCUUUUAAUGUUGUGAUUGGUCAACCGCUUCCAGGACGUGUAGAAAAUGUGGGCCUCCGCUGUCACUUUACUUUGCCUUGCCAGGGGGUGUGCCAGAUUAUCUGAUAUGUCAGGCAUCGUGACAUCAGAAUGAUGUCACGAUGCAGACGAAGUAUCACCCAGACUAUUGACAAACCAUUACAGAUGUUUUAGUUUUCUGUGGGGUAGAGCAGCUCCCUUUAACUUUCCAGACUUUUAACAUUCACAAAAAAAAGUUUAUAACACGUGAGAAAAGAAAAACUGAAAAAGUAUUAUAAUUCCAAUCCAACCUUUAAUAUUCCAAUCCAAAAAACAACCUGUUACCAAAAUGACAACAUUCUGAUUCUGGUGUGUGACAAAAAAAAGGGACAAAACUUGCAUUGAAGUUCUGACACAAUUCCCACCGAUGGAUUUGAACAAAAAUGCAGAACCAAAUUUGUGUGAUGGCUGUCCGCAGUGGCCUGUCGGACAGGUGGUGUCUCCUCACCCUGGUAUGUGAGCAUGGCGUGACACACUAUGAUGGAUGGGCUUAUUACGUGUCCGUGAGGCCUCUCUGGCCCUCAACUCCAUGAGUGCAUAACACGCUGUCCUUGAAUCUGGACUGUCUUUCACAAAAUCCCUUCUUACUUCCUCUUGUUCGUUGUUUCCAUUCUCUCCAAUAACAUAUUCCGAAUGGUGGCUAAAGAUAAGAGGUAAGAGUGAGCCAGAUGUUGGGGGAGUGGAAGUGUAGUCUUGUGAAAGCUAUUUAGCGAGCCUCAUAGGGUGAGCCUUCUUGUUGUUUUACGUUAACAAGCCUGGCAGCUUGGCAGCGGGACUGAGGCCAUAACUGCUCCGCUUUGUUUCCCCCCUGUUGCAGCAUUUAUGACAUUCACAGGUGUGUGUUUGAGUGGGUCUCUAAUUAACCAUCCCCAAUUAAACAAGUGAUGUGCACAUAAAAGUGCAGCGAGGUAGGAGAGCUCUCAUGAUAAAGAAAUAUUAUUUACAUUUUCCUGCUCUGAUUCAUAUUCUCUUUCCAUUCCACUUCCAUCUACAUCCCCGCUUGUUUGAAUACGUCUUGACAUGUUUUUAAAGUUGUAAAUAUGUACUGAACUGCCUCUGCCAUUCAUGUUGUCUUUUUGUAAGUGGUCACUCGGCCUGGGACGGCUCACGUGUAUGGAUGUACAAACCAGAUGAUGUUAUAUGGAUGUAGAAACCAGAAACAUAUGCUUUUGUGAUCAUGACCAGAAGAUGUGGUUCAAAUAUUACAGAGAAUGUAUUCCCCUUUUGGUUUUGCGUUGUUUCCAGACAACAGCCGCCCAAACUGUAAAUGACUUUCGAGGGGGGAAAAAAUGUGACAGGGGCUGAUCGGACCCUCUGCUUUUCCCAUAGAGGUGCAGACAUGAACUGACACAACAACCCAACACCCUCUGUUACAUUAAUGCCCGGGGAAUAACGCUCCACUCACACAGAAGAAUUCUUCCGUCAGCUCAGCCCUGCUCUUCACUUCUUAUUAUAUCCGAAGCUUCCUUGUACAUUUUCCUUUGAGGCAAUGAACCACUGACUUUUUAAUCUAA